AUGAAGGUCACCGCCGCAGUUGUUGUCUCCGCCUUGUCGACGGCCGCCUAUGCUGGGCCCGUGACACAGAAGGACGCGUCGUGCCUCAAGGGCUGCCUGGACUGGCAGAAGAUCUCGUCUUCUGUCGCCGGCGAUUCGACAUGGAACGCCCUUAUCGACCCGUUCAACCUGCGCCUCCACUACACCCCCAACACGGUGGUUACCGUGAAGGAGGCUGGUGAGGUCUCCAAGGCGCUCAAGUGUGUGCGCCAGUGCGGUGACUUCAAGGUUCAAGCCCGUGGUGGCGGCCAUUCAUAUGCCGCCUUUGGCCUGGGUGGCAAGAACGGCAGUGUCGUCAUCGACCUCGCCGGCCUCAACAAGGUCACCGUCCGCGCCGACGGCACGGCUGACAUUGGCGCCGGUCUGCGCCUUGGCAACGUCGACCUUGCUCUCUGGGACCAAGGCAAGCGCGCCAUGAGCCAUGGCACCUGCGCCGGUGUCGGCAUUGGAGGACACAGCACCCACGGCGGGUACGGAUACGACUCUCGCAUCUGGGGCUUGGCUCUUGACCACAUCCUGGACCUCGACCUCGUCCUUGCGGACGGCACUGAGCUCACCGCCUCUGCCACGAGCAACAAGGACCUCUUCUGGGCUGUCCGCGGAGCCGCCGACUCCAUUGCCAUUGUCACCAAGUUCCACGUCCGCACCCAGGCCGCCCCCGAGUCGCUGGUCUACUGGACCUACGACCUUCCGGACGUCAUGAAGGAUGUCGCCACCGCUGUCAAGUCCUUUGUGCACAUCCAGGACUUUGCCCUGAACAAGACUGUUCAGGAUCGCCGCCUGUCCUGGGGCUGGUACUAUGAUCCCACCGCCUUCGUCCUUCGCGGCAAGUUCUUCGGCACCCUGGACGAGUUCAACAGCAAGAUUGCUCCCGAGAUCCUGCGCGGCCUGCCUAAGCCGAGCAAGUCUGACGUCCGGUCAGUUGGCUGGCUCGACAGCCAGUCUCUGUACCACGCCGGCACCUUGGACCACAGCGUGCUUGCCCAGGCCAACCAGCCCGGCCAGUACAAGGGCCAUGACAACAUGUAUGCCAAGUCUAUUGUCACCCCGGAUCGAUUCACCGAGGACGCCCUCACCAGCUUCUUCACCUACACCUUCACCAACAAGAAGGCCGGCUGGUACAGCAUUGGCAACCUCUACGGCGGCCCUGACAGCCAGAUCAACAUCUACGACGACAGCUGGUCGGCGUACAAGGACCGCGACUCGCUGUUUGUUAUCCAGAACGUCGGUUCCGUGGCGCUCGAUGCGAAGUUUGACGACAGCCUCAAGCCCUACCUCAAGGGACUGCAGGAGUCCCUCACCAAGAAGAUGCCCAACACCAAGUUCGGUGCCUACGCCAACUACAUCGAUCCCGAGCUCACCCCCGCGGAGGCUCAUGAGCUCUACUACGGCCAGAAGAUCUAUGCUAGGCUGCUGUCGAUCAAGAAGAAGGUGGACCCGGCCAGCACCUUCUGGAACCCGCUCGCGAUUGGCGCUUAA